CUGUCCUCUUGACCCGCCGGGAUGGUUUGGAGAAGCAUUUAAAAGAACUGCAAAAGUGGCCCAGAAACAGCAGUAAAGAAUUUACAAUAUACUUUCAUUUGGUAGUUGCUAGAGGCUUUUUUUUUUUCCUCCCCUUCUUUCCUCCUGAACUCCUCUUGCUUUUGAUAAUGGCCUUGGACUUGGACGGCGUAUCGAUUUCCCCCUGUAAGAUGCUGUCUCAUUUGGUUGGGGGGGGCUCUGCGUGGUAAUGGACGGUGAGCGAGGCCAGGCCUUCUGGAGGUGAGCCGAUGGAGAUUUAUUCCCCAGACAUGACCGAGGUAGCCGCCGAGAGGUCCUCCAGCCCCUCCACUCAGCUGAGUGCAGACCCAUCUCUUGACCGGCUUCCGGCAGCAGAAGACAUGCCAGAGACCCAGACUGAGGAUGGGAGAAGCCCGGCACUCGCGGGCCUGGCCGUUCCCUGCUGUGUCUGCCUGGAGACCGAGCGCCUGAGAGGCUGCCUCAACUCCGAGAAAAUCUGCAUUGUCCCCAUCUUGGCUUGCCUCGUCAGCCUCUGCCUCUGCAUCGCCGGCCUCAAGUGGGUAUUUGUGGACAAGAUAUUUGAGUAUGACUCUCCCACUCACCUUGACCCUGGGGGGUUAGGCCAGGACCCUAUUCUUUCUCUGGAUCCAUCUGCUGCCUCAGCCGUGUGGGUAUCAUCUGAGGCAUACACUUCACCUGUCUCUCGGGCUCAAUCUGAAACUGAGGUUCAAGUUACAGUGCAAGUUGACAAGGCCCUUGUGUCCUCUGAGCCUGCGGCGGUGCCAACCCCGAAGAACCGUGUUUUCGCCUUUUCUUUCCUGCCGUCCACUGCGCCACCCUUCCCUUCACCCACUCGGAACCCAGAGGUGAGAACGCCCAAGUCAGCAACUCAGCCACAAACAACAGAAACUAAUCUCCAAACUGCUCCUAAACUUUCCACAUCCACGUCUACAACGGGGACAAGCCAUCUUGUCAAGUGUGCGGAGAAGGAGAAAACUUUCUGUGUGAACGGAGGCGAGUGCUUCAUGGUGAAAGACCUUUCAAACCCCUCAAGAUACUUGUGCAAGUGCCCCAAUGAGUUUACUGGUGAUCGCUGCCAAAACUACGUAAUGGCCAGCUUCUACAAGCAUCUUGGGAUUGAAUUUAUGGAGGCGGAGGAGCUCUACCAGAAGCGAGUCCUGACCAUCACCGGCAUCUGCAUCGCCCUUCUUGUGGUCGGCAUCAUGUGUGUGGUGGCCUACUGCAAGACCAAGAAACAGCGGAAAAAGCUUCAUGACCGGCUUCGGCAGAGUCUUCGGUCCGAACGAAACAACAUGGUGAACAUGGCGAACGGGCCUCACCACCCGAACCCGCCCCCCGAGAACGUUCAGCUGGUGAAUCAAUACGUAUCUAAAAACGUCAUCUCUAGUGAGCACAUUGUUGAGAGAGAGGCGGAGACGUCUUUUUCCACCAGCCACUAUACUUCGACGGCUCAUCACUCCACCACGGUCACCCAGACUCCUAGUCACAGCUGGAGCAACGGCCACACUGAGAGCAUCCUUUCCGAAAGCCACUCUGUGAUCGUGAUGUCAUCCGUGGAAAACAGCAGGCACAGCAGCCCAGCCGGGGGCCCGAGAGGACGGCUCAAUGGCCUGGGAGGCCCUCGCGAGUGUAACAGCUUCCUCAGGCAUGCCAGAGAAACCCCUGACUCCUACCGAGACUCUCCUCAUAGUGAAAGGUAUGUGUCAGCAAUGACCACCCCGGCUCGUAUGUCACCUGUAGAUUUCCACACGCCAAGCUCCCCCAAAUCGCCCCCUUCGGAAAUGUCUCCGCCCGUGUCCAGCACGACGAUGUCCAUGCCCUCCAUGGCCAUCAGCCCCUUCGUGGAAGAGGAGAGACCCCUGCUUCUCGUGACGCCCCCCCGGCUGCGGGAGAAGGCUGACCACCCCCCUCAGCAGUUCAACUCCUUCCACUGCAACCCCGCGCAUGAGAGCAACAGCCUGCCUGCCAGCCCCCUGAGGAUAGUGGAGGAUGAGGAUUACGAAACCACCCAGGAGUACGAGCCGGCUCAGGAGCCCGCUAAGAAACUCACCAACAGCCGCCGGGCCAAAAGAACCAAGCCCGAUGGCCACGUGGCCAACAGGUUAGAAAUGGACAGCCACACAAGCGCUGAGAGCAGUGACUCAGAGAGCGAAACAGAAGAUGAAAGAGUGGGAGAAGAUACACCUUUCCUGGGCAUACAGAACCCCCUGGCCGCCAGCCUGGAGGCAGCCCCCGCCUUCCGCCUGGCUGACGGCAGGACUAACCCAGCGGGCCGCUUCUCCACGCAGGAAGAGUUACAGGCCAGGCUGUCUAGUGUAAUCGCUAACCAAGACCCUAUUGCUGUAUAAAACCGAAAUAAACACAUAGAUUCACCUGUAAAACUUUAUUUUAUAUAAUAAAGUAUUCCACCUUAAAUUAAA